UUGUAGUGUUCGUGAAUGCGAACGUUAGCUCGCGUGUUAGCUUCAUGUAGCCGCCUUGUAACGUCCGUUACCGGUCCGUCCCUUCAGGAGAUGGCGGGGAACAUGACGGUCGAUGAAGCUGCGGACGCGAUGUGGCCGCAACGCUUUGAGAUGCUGGCAUGGCUCAAUGAAACUCUACAGACACGCUUCACCAAGAUAGAGCAGGUGUGCACAGGUGCAGCUUAUUGCCAGUUGAUGGACUGUUUGUUUCCCGGGUCCUUGGACCUCUCCAGGGUCCGCUUCCAAAGCAGUAACAUGGUGGACUCUAUCCACAACUACAGCUUACUGCAAGCUGCGUUCAGAGAAGUUGAAGUGAAACGACACGUCCCCGUCGAGGCGCUGAUUGUGAAGAACAAAGUCGUGGCUCUGACCUUCCUGCUGUGGUUUAAGACGCUCUUUGACAAGAACAACAACGGCAGGAAGUACCACGCCUUGGAGGCCAGAGGUGGACAGAGCAUGGUACCUGACUCAGAUGCUCACUCCGCCCAAAGCUCUCAUCAGAAACUGGAAAUUAUUCUGAAGAUGAAAGAACCAAGAAAAGAAAAACCACGGGAGACUUCGAACAGGCACGCAGAAGUGAUAGUAUUAACAUCCGAUGAUGAAGAUGACGUGGUGGAUGUGACGAUGGAGCAGAAAACUGACAAAAUGGAGACAAUGGAGAUAAAAAGGAUGGAGCAAGCAGCAGUGGAGGAGAGAAAACAGUGGAGUAGUUUCAACGAUAACUGGUUGCCCUUCAUCAGAAGAUACUGCAGUGACACAAGCGCAGACCCUCCUCACAGCUUAGCCCACCCCAGAGACAUCGUGCAGGCCUGCUAUCAGGUGCCGUACUGCCUUUACCUGUAUGCGGGGGUGGAGCUAGGCGGAGGGCAGAGCACGAAUGUUGUGUUGAUUGGCUACUUUGACCAGAGCUCGGGGGUCAGUGUGGUGAAGCUGCUGCACACUCUGCAGAUGAGCGUCAACUCUGACACCACCCCAGACAAAGACAGUGUGGAUACUGACGCACGCCUCCUGGUCGAGACGUUAAAGAAGUUUAACAUCCCUCUAUCCAACCUCGCUGUGUUCUACUGCAGAGUUCCACACCCGGCGGUGACCCAGGUCUUCGUGUCCCACCUCCAGGUCUACAACUCUAAGUUAAUAUCGCUCUGCGGCCUCCCUGGGAUGGCAGGAAGAGCCUGCCAGGCUGGACUCUUGCCUUCCUUUCGUUGCGUAGUUGACCUCGUGAGAAACAUCCACUGUCACUACUCCACCUGCCCCUCCGUCAAUGACAGCCUGAAAGAAGUAUUCGCUGAUACAGAGUCUUACAACCCGACCCAUCCUCUCUCUAAACAGUGUUUAUUUAUCAUCAACAUCGUGCAGAAGAUGGCGAACCGCUGGAGGGAUUUAGUGGAGUAUUUUAAGUCACUGAGGCAAACCGAGGACAUCGAUCGGAUCAGAACCCAUCUGAUGGAUCAUAAAACCAAGCUGUACUUCCUGUUCCUCUCGCACGCCUUGGAGCCCCUCCGAGCUCUCCAAGAGCAGCAGCAGUAUGGCACGGUGGACGUGGCCGUGGAGCUCGAGCUGACCUCCAUGCUGGUCUCCUCCUACACGGCCAGUCUUCUCCAGCCCUCUGUCGCCAAGAAAUUUCUGAAGAAGCGACUCCUGUGCCUCCUCUCCGAUGAGAAGCUGCUCCCCAUGUCGGAGGUGAACAUAGGUUCUCGUGCCAGAGACUUCCUGUGGGCCACCGCCACUGUGGAUCUGGGGGAAGAGGAGAGAAGGGACUUCCUGCAGAGCGCUGCAGCUUUCUAUAGCUCAGCACUACGGAGUUUAGUGGACAGCGUUCCUGAACAUCUGGGAGACGUGGCACUGAGGAACAUCAGCAAAGUCCUGAAACAUCCAGAAAAUAUCAAAGGAUAUUGGCUGUCCAGACAUGUGCUGAUAGAGAUGGGGACUCAGCUGGGUGCGAUCAACACCAUGUCUUUAGAAACACGUCAAGAACUGCCAGACGCCUACUUCAGUGUCCUUAAGACCGUGAAGGAGGAGCAGAUGAGAGGAGGAGGUGGUCACUGCUGGGCAAAGAUGUUGACCGGCAUUAAGCCGUACUUUCUGCGUAGAUUCCUCCUGACCCUCCUGGCCCUGCCAGGCUCUCUAAACAUGAAUCAGGUGUUUGCUAAGGUGUUCAACAGUACCAGGACUCCUUCUGACGGUAUGGAAACCCCCAAAGCUUCACGUCAACCACGCAGGCAUGCAGGACGACCUCGAGCCUGCAGGAGGACACCUGUCCAGGCAGAUUACGGUGGCUCGAAGAAAGAGGAGGAGGCGGAUGAAAAGAUGGAGGAUAGUGACAGCAUUUCUUCCAAACACGACGGCUUGUCGGAGGAUUCCGAAAGCACGGACAAUUCCUCAGAUGUGUUGGAUGUCCCAGAAGAGUCCCAGAAAAUGUGUCCGACCAGCAGACUGCUGAUCACUAAAGAACGUAAUAAAACCACAAAGGCCAAAUUUGCAUUCGUGAGCAGUGAUGAAGACGACACCAUGGAUUCAACAAGCAGCUCAGCAGAGUCGCAGGGUGUGAUGGGUGUGAUGGGGGAGCUGGUCUGGGGUAAGGUGGAGGGCUUCUCUCUCUGGCCGGCUGUCAUCGUGCCGUCAGGAAGACGAUCAGCUCUAGGGCAGAGGAUGGUGCAGUGGUUCAGGACGAAAUUCUCUAAGGUCAGCCUGAAGACUCUGAAACCAUUCGCUGCCUUCGCUCAGCACUUCUCUCCGAACUCCUUCGCCAUCCUUGUCACCUACAGAGAGGCCAUCUUCCUGUCCCUGCAGGAGGCAGCUCUACGCUGUCAGAAACAGUUCUCUGCGUGUCUCGAGGACAGAGACGAUCUGCUGAAACAGCUGUUGGAUUGGGCGCUCGGAGGAUUUCAACCCACGGGGCCGGAAGGACUCAAACCAACGGCAGCCCUGAAUGGUGUUUCGAGACCAAAGGUGAAGAAGAAACUCUUUAUGAACGACAACUCCUCUCAGCACUCCCUCAGCCCCUCCACCCAGAUGAACAUCAGCGCCUACAAGCUGAAAGAUGUGGCUGUCUGCUUGAACAGGCUGCCGUGCAAUUUAACAGAGAAGUUCUUGUACAAAGGUGGAGGUGAAGACGAAUCUGAUAAAGAAGCGACAAAGGAGAGAGGAUCCAGAAGAGGAGGAAGGACAGCAGAGGCAGCAAGACGGGAGGAGACAGAGAAAGAUGUCUGGCGGGGAGGAUGGGAGAAGGGGAAAAUGGGAUGGGGAAGAGGGAAGGGUAAAGGAGGGAAGAAAAAGAACAGCAGUGUGAUGGAUGAAUCUGAUAGCGACAUGUCUCCGGACUUUGUGCCGCCCAAGGAGAGGACCUUCAACAGAUCUUACAGCAAGGUUGGCCAGGUGACCAGCGUCUACAAACAGCCGGACCAGAAACUCCGAGAGGAGACCAUCUGUAGGAUCAUGAAGAAGAAACUGGACAUCGAAGGCUUCUGUUUGUGCUGCGGGACCGAAGACGUCGAGAUAUUCCACCCUCUCUUUAAAGGCAGCCUCUGCCUGGAGUGUAAAGAUAAUCUAACAGAAACUCUGUAUCGCUAUGAUGAAGAUGGGUAUCAGUCGUACUGUACCAUCUGCUGUUACGGACUGGAGAUCAUACUGUGUGGCUACGAUAGCUGCUGCAGAUCGUACUGCGCUGACUGUCUGAACAUCCUCGUCGGCCCGGGGACGUUUGAUUCGUUGAAGCUGAUAGACCCGUGGAUCUGCUACAUGUGUCAGCCUCAUCGGCCUCACGGCGCUCUAAUUCCCAGAGAGGACUGGAGCAUCCGUGUGCAGGAGUUAUUCGCCAACAACAGCGCCAUGGAGUUUGAGCCGCACCGUGUUUACCCGUCCAUCCCUGCCAACCUGCGCAGACCGCUCCGAGUCCUCUCACUGUUCGAUGGCAUAGCAACCGGUCACCUGGUUCUGAAGGAUCUGGGUAUCAAAGUAGAGAAAUAUGUGGCCUCAGAGGUCUGCGAGGAUUCGAUCGCCGUGGCGCGGGUCAACCACGACGGGAAGAUCAUCCACGUCGGUGACGUCCGGUUCAUCACGCCGACACACCUUGAGCAGUGGGGUCCGUUUGAUUUGCUGAUCGGUGGCAGCCCCUGUAACGACCUCUCCAUUGUGAACCCAAUCAGAAAAGGCCUCUAUGAGGGCACUGGCAGGCUGUUCUUUGAGUUCCACCGCAUCCUCCAGCUGCUGAAGCCCAAAGACGAAGACCCGCGGCCGUUCUUCUGGCUCUUUGAGAACGUCGUCUUCAUGAACUUACACGACAAAUACAACAUCUGCCGCUUCCUGGAGUGUAACCCGGUGCUGGUGGACGCGGUCAAACUCAGCCCGGCUCACCGAGCGCGUUACUUCUGGGGAAACAUCCCGGGCAUGAGCAGGCCCAUCGCAGCGUCCCAGAGCGACAAGCUGAGUCUGCAGGACUGUUUAGAGAUCGGCAGAGAAGCCAGGGUAACGAAGGUGAGGACGAUCACCACCAACGCAAACUCUCUGAAGCAGGGCAAAGUGUUUCAGCUGCCCGUCCUCCAGGAAGGCAAAGAGGAAAACCUCUGGAUCACAGAGAUAGAAAAAAUCUUUGGUUUCCCCAAACAUUACACUGACGUGAGGAACAUGAACCGGCAGCAGAGGCAGAAGGUGCUGGGGAAGGCCUGGAGCGUGCCGGUCAUCCGUCACCUCUUCGCUCCCCUGAAGGACUACUUUGCCUGCGAGGUGGUUCCUGUUCCCGUGACCACGUCCACCACCUCCACCCCCCCUUCCUCCCCUGCUUCUCCAGAGCUGCAGCAGCUGAGAUAGAGGAGGUCCCUGUGGAGUUGUGUAUGUAUAGGGCAUAAAUUCUCUUUGCAGUCUCCUCUGACAAUCAGGCCUUUGUGGAUCACUGCCAGACUGAAGUCACUUCUGCCAAAAUGGUGGCUUAUUCUCCUUCGAGUUGCUGGUUUUUCCUCCUGAAGUUCUCCAACUGCCAACUCAUUCCAGCAACCAGCAAAUCAUUCCAGCAACCAGCAACUCAUUCCAGCUUGGAAGGCUAAAGAGUAGAAUAAUAUGUGACAGUGUUCAUCUGAUUAAUUCUGCAGGAGGAGAGCAGCUGAAUCUGAGUGAACGUUGCUGUUUGCUGAUGAUGGUAUCUCAAGUUCAGCUGAUUUCCUUCAGGCCUUCACACAAAGUGUUUGUAUCACCAGUAUUUAACUUAAAUGUUCAUAUUUGCAGGUCAUAUGUGAGAUUUUUUUACCUUUUUUUAAACACAUUGAAGAAAAUCUAUAUUCAGUCUGUCAUACAGUUUAGUUUGAAACGCCUCGCUGUGUUCCUCGUGUUUGAGAGAAGAAAACACUGAAAACGUACUGUAGUUUA